CUUUUCCAACUCUCCCAGCACAACACGCAGCAAGACCUCUGGAUCGCCGUCUUUGGAAAAGUCUACAACCUCACCGCCUUUGCCAAAGACCACCCGGGCGGCAUCGACGUGCUCUGCGAAUGCGCGGGUACCGAUGGCACCGAAGUCUACGAGUACGCAGGCCACAGCGAGAGUGCUCUGAGUGUGCUAGACCGGUUUCAAGUCGGUGUGCUGGAG